UAUGACUCUGUCCAUACUGUGUAAGCAUUGAUUGAACAAAAUAUAUCCUUGAAGAAUGAUAUACAUUAGUUUAAUAAAUAAAAUGUAUUCCUGUUUGAUUAAGUGUACGUUUCCAAAGUGCAUUUUUUCCCCGUCAGCUGUAGCUUGUUUUGGCAUACGUCACUCACCGCACGAUAUACUACAGGUAUGGCCUAUAACGAUAACUAGGUUUCCAUUGUCACGGCCUACGGUUUCCGUUCCGGAUUCAGAGGGCUGAGAUCUGUCCGCAUGGUGGUUUUCUUGACUACAUGUCGUAUAAAGUAAAAUCACGAAAACACUCGUCCGUAUCUAUUCUAUUCUGAGAAAGGGAAGUAGAAUCUCGUCUUUUCUAUAUUCUCUCUAUCCUUGUUCCAUUCGUUCCGUGACUCCCCACCCCUUUCUACCUCCGGUGCUGUGCCAAAGUCUCCGUGUGUAGGCACGUAUAAAUACAAAAGAGAGAACCCUGUUCACAGCAGAGCUCAUUUAACAGUGGAAACGCGUCGUGUUAACUGGGAACACACACACCUCUUGCUCUUUUCAAUUGCUACUCGUUUUGAAGAUAAUUAUACUGUUACCGCCCAUUCUAAAGAAAGGAGAUUCAAACGGAAUCGAAGAUGAUGUCGCGAUGGAUCAUCCUAUCCGCCUUAACGUGUCUAAUUUCUGCUGCGAUUGCUAGCGACAAUAAAGAGGCACCAAAAGAACUUACCAACAGCAGCGAACGUGUUCGACGUCAGUUUCAAUCAUGGGGUCCCUUGUCAUCAGACGUAAACCCCACGCAUCCAUUCGGACAAGAAAAAUUCAAAGACGACUUUGUUGAGUACGAUCCUUCAGGUCUCGGAUUUGAGAUCAAGAAGCCUCCGUUUUUUUUCGACGUUAUCGACGAACAAUCUGUAGCCUUUAAACCAGCUCCUUAUGUCUCCACAAAGUCAUCGUCACACCCCGAAUUAAAACAAAGUUACCACAAUCCGUACGCUGAACCACAUCGGCCAACUUUGAGUUCAUCAAACCCCCACGAUCCUAUCCGUAAACCAAUUUAUCCGAGCAAUUAUCCCGUCAUCUCACAGCCAGAAUGGAGACCUGCAUCGAUACCAGAAACGUAUCCUACAAGACAACCUCCCUAUCCUACUGUUCCAGAUCAAUUAGGCGAAAAGCAUUCGCUUUAUUGCCCGAAAAUGGCUGGGUACGAAUCCAAGUGUCGACAUGCCAAAGACUGUGCCAUCUGGUACGAUCUUGUACUAACUUUUCCUGGAACAACCUGCAAAUUAUCAAAUGGACAUCCAGGAAUCUGCUGUCCAGAUAUUCCCUACAAUGGUCGCAGUAGAGGACCAGUUAAACAAGAGAACAAGAAAAUCGUGAAACUGGAACGCCAGUGUAUUGAUAUUUACUCUGUAAAUGCGGCUGCCCAUGCAGGAGAGUUCCAGUUGAAGUUAAUGGACGAAACAGAGCGACUUCUUCGCAUCCACAAUGUUACAGUGAGACCCAAUUCAUCCGCUUACAAUCAUUUGACAUUUUUUCAAACAACAACCGAAGCACAACGACUCAGUCGGGGAGCUUUAAUUGCUAUUGAAACUACCAGAGAACUCGGCAAAAGAUUUAAACUGAAUCCGGAGCAGACUGCGUUUGGAUUGAGCCAAUUCAAACUGCGAGAUACAAUUUUGUCCAAUACGUGUCCUGCAGAUCCCAUCUGCGAUCGCAAAACUCUUCGUUCACCCUUCCGGACGAUGGAUGGCUCUUGUAAUAACAUUAAGCAUCCUUCCUGGGGAAAGUCGAUGACCCAAUUUGAACGCGCUACCGUCCCAGCUUAUGCUGAUGGUAUUUGGCAGCCUAGGGAAUCGAAGAAAGGUGGUCAGCUUCCUAGUCCCCGAUUGGUGUCUAUUUCCGUCGUUCUCGAUAAAGAUGCCCCAAGCCAGGUGGAUACUCACUGGGUCAUGCAAUACGGACAAUUUGUCGUCCACGAUUUGGCCUUUACUACUCUCUUCCGGACGAACGCCGACACGGGUAUUCAGUGCUGCACGGAAGGAGGCAAGUUCUUGACCAAAACGGAGCUAAUUCAUCCGCAAUGUCUGCCCAUUGAGAUUCCAAUCGACGAUCCGUUUUACGCGAAAUUCGGUCAGCGUUGCAUGAACUUUGUGCGAUCCACUCCCGCACCCAGAUCCGAUUGCAGCCUUGGUCCCGCAGAACAGAUGAAUGGCAACACUCACUUUCUGGAUCAAUCGAACGUGUAUGGUUCUGACGUAAACACAGCGGCAGCAUUACGGACGUUCGAGAAAGGCCAGUUGAAAGUAACUCGACGUAAGGGACAUCACGAAUUAGACUUACUUCCAUCUGAUAAUGCUACCCAAAUAAAUUGUGCCUUGUCCAAAGCUGUUUCCGGCAUUCAUCCACCACCUGAAGUCCGAUGUUUCAAAGCAGGCGAUAUACGACCAAAUCAGAAUCCCAACUUGGCUGUAACGCAUACGAUUUUCUUGCGCGAACACAACCGACUUGCAGCUGAGCUUUCCUAUUUGAAUCCGCACUGGGAUGACGAACGACUGUAUCAAGAAGCUAGACGCAUUUCAAUUGCUCAAAUGCAGCACAUCACUUGCAAUGAAUGGCUGCCAGGUGUUGUUGGAAGAGAGAAAAUGCAAGAACUCGGUAUGUUGCCAUUGCAACACGGUUUCAGCAACGAUUACGAUGCCAACGUGAAUCCAGGCAUUCUGAACGAAUUUUCGGGUGCAAGCUUUCGUUUCGGUCAUUCGCUUAUUCAAGGAAAACAAGAUUUAAUCAAUCACAGGAGAGAGAAGGAAUCUCAUAUUUUGUUACGUCAGCACUUUUUGAAAACGCAAACACUUUACACACCCGGCAAUCUCGACAAGUUUCUCAUAGGUCUGGCUACACAACCCAGACAAGAUUUCGACAAUUAUUUCACUGAAGAAGUUACCAAUCAUUUGUUCGAAGAGGAAGGCAAAGGUUUCGGUUUGGAUUUGGUAUCUCUCAAUAUUCAACGCGGUCGUGAACACGGUAUUCCGGGAUACAAUACUUUCCGUGCGUUGUGCGGACUCCAUCGUGCAAAAGAUUUCAAGGAUCUCCUCGAUGUGAUUUCCCCAGCGAUUGUCGAACGUUUUGAGCUUCUCUACGACUCGGUGGAUGAUAUUGAUCUGUUUAUCGGAGGCAUUUCCGAGAGCAAAGUUGAAGGCGCUUCUGUUGGCCCUACGUUCCAGUGCAUGAUAGCCCAACAGUUUUCAAGACUGAAACGGGGUGAUCGCUUCUUCUACGAUCUUGCUGGACAGCCUGGCUCAUUCACUGAAGAGCAAUUGUACGAAAUCCGGCAGACAAGUUUUGCCCGUCUAAUUUGCGAUAAUAGCCAUGUCCAGCACACUCAACCAUUGGUCUUCAAAUUGGAGUCUGUCCAAAAUCCAGUUGUGGGCUGCGAAUCGCCGUCUAUUCCUCGUGUAAAUCUUCUUGCGUGGCAAGAAGGUAACGAUAAGUAUUUCAAACGACCUUACGAUACCCCAUACACGAAGAUCUCGUACUAAAUUUUUUGAAUGUCAAAGCCAAAGUUCAGUGUAGAUCACGUGCUAUAAAUAUUUUUGUAUUAUUGGUUUGGAUAAAUAUAAAAUUAUACAUUAAAUGCGA